AUGUCACGCCACCGAACUUCUCAUGCACUUGCCAUUCUCGGCCCCGAACUGCACAAUAAAUUACCAGAAACGAAAGUAUUACUAGUCGGAGCCGGCGGGAUUGGAUGCGAACUAUUAAAGAACAUCGUUUUGACCGGAUUCGGACACAUUACCCUCCUUGACUUGGAUACCAUCGACCUCUCGAAUCUCAACCGCCAAUUUCUCUUCCGGAAAAAGGAUGUAAAGCAGAGUAAAGCCAUGAUAGCAGCGCAGACAGCGGCAGGCUUUAACCCUAAUGUCCACAUACAUCCGAUUCACGCGAAUAUCAAAGAACCCCAAUUUGAUGUCAGAUGGUUCCAGGGCUUUGAUAUAGUGCUCAACGCUCUCGAUAACCUGGACGCUCGGCGGCACGUAAAUAAAAUGUGCAUGGCAGCGGGCGUGCCGCUCGUGGAGUCAGGCACUGCUGGUUACCUCGGACAAGUUCAGCCAUUGUUGAAGGACCGGACAGAGUGCUUCGAUUGUCUACCCAAGCCAACCCCAAAAACUUUCCCGGUCUGCACAAUUCGCUCAACUCCUAGUCAAGCGAUACACUGUAUUGUAUGGAGUAAAAGCUACUUGCUGAGCCAGUUGUUUGGGGAAGACGAGGACUCUUCGGGCGAGCUUGACGAUGCAGAAAAGCAAGGCGAGAACGCGCAAGAGAUAGCUACGCUCCGGAAGGAAGCCCAGGCUUUCAAGGCUGUUCGGGUGGCAUUACGCUCCCCUCAGUCUUCAAACGGUGGCGACGCUGCUAGGAUGGCCUUCCAGAAGGUCUUUAACUCUGACAUCCGAAACCUGUUAUCAAUGGCAGAUAUGUGGCGAUCUCGAGCGCCCCCUACUCCACUUGAUUUCGACGCUAUCAUGGACGGGUCGUUUUCCCAUAAAAAGACCCCCGCGAAUGGCGUAAAUGGUAAGGAACACGCUGUGAACGGAAAGGGAAAUGCACAUGCGAGCGGUAGCAAAGCGGUAGAAGAAUUAUUGCACUCGUCUCCCAAUGGUGACGCUCCUAACACGAAAGGGCUAAAGGACCAGCAAGUAUUAUCGUUGAAAGACAAUUUAGAGCUAUUCGCUUCAAGUAUCAAUCGUCUCGCCGCUCGACUACAAGCUGGCGAAGACACCAUCUCCUUCGAUAAAGAUGAUGACGAUACUCUGGACUUUGUCACAGCUGCGUCGAAUCUACGGUCUGUUGCUUACGGCAUCGAAGAAAAGACAAGGUGGGAGGUGAAAGAGAUGGCGGGGAACAUCAUCCCAGCAAUUGCCACAACCAAUGCGAUUGUUUCGGGCCUAAUUGUCCUUCAAGCUCUCCAUUUCUUGCGAAAAUCGUAUAAGCGGCUGAAAAACGUGCACAUACAACUCAAACCCUCCGUCCCUCUGAGUUCUAUAUCACUUUCGCCUCCCAAUUCUCUAUGCGGAAUCUGUCGUGAUACAUAUACUAUCCUCGCUUGUGAUCCCGAGCGCACAACACUUGGAGACGUUGCCAGCGGCAUUUUAGGUGGGGUGGAGAGGGACGUUAGCAUAUACGAGGACAAGAGGGUCCUCAGCGAUCCCGACUGGGAUGAUAAUAAUGAACGGACAUUAGCGAGCUUGAACGUUACCAAGGGCAAGUUUUUGACUAUUGUCGAUGAAGACGGCGAGCUUGGGACCAUUGCCAUUGCGAUUUGCGACCUACCACCGAAUCAUCCUAUCGAUUCUUUGCCCUAUAUACUGCCAUCUCCACUGCCGAGUCCUCCGCGAAUCGUCAAACCCCCUCCUGCCCCAACUACUCCGCCCCGUCAAACUCUCAAGCGUCGGGCACCACACGAUGACGAUGAAAUCACCGAAAUUGAGCCUAAUGCGAAGCGCGCCAAAAUCACCAAUGGCCAUACAAAGAUUCGCCCCGCUGAGACACCGCUAUCCAGUCCAAGCAAGAGGCGCAAACUAGAAGAAGAUGGACUAGUGUUGAUGGAGAGUGCAACCGAUAAGCUCGACGACGAUGUUAUUGAAAUAGAUUAG